AUGUUUUCGGGUGUCUUUGUCUUUCGCGUUGGAGCCUUGUACAAUUCUGGUUCUCCUGUGUCAAUUACACCACUGUUUCGAGCUCUACCUCUUUAUCGGAAAUUCCCCCAACUUGGACAAACAUGCUCACUGAGUACACUAGCAGAUCUUUCGUUAUUGGAUAAACUAAAGCAAUCCGAGCGCAAUGUGACCGUCGAUGUUUCCCACCCCAGUGGCAUCGCAAUGUUAGCUAUGAACUUUCGUACUAAGAAGAACGCUCUGAGCAAGGUCUUCGUGAACGACCUAUCAGACGCUGUCGGUCUUCUUGAGAAGGAUCAGAAAUCUAAAUUGGCCAUCAUCUGCAGUUUGAUACCGGAUGUUUUCUGUGCCGGGGCGGAUCUCAAAGAACGGGCGCAAGUUCCGGAUGAACAAGUUCCUGCUUUGGUGGAAGGUUUACGUUCCCUGUUUCAGCGCAUCUAUUCCCUUCCCUUCCCUACUGUUGCCGCUAUCGAUGGGGCAGCGCUAGGCGGAGGAUUAGAGUUGGCGCUAGCUUGUGACAUUCGCUUUGCCGGCAAUCGUCCUCCGUGUCAGAUCGGGUUGAUUGAAACCCACUGGGCCCUGUUGCCCGGAGCUGGGGGGUCGCAACGUUUGCCACGUAUUAUCGGCGUUGCAAAAGCAAAGGAACUUAUGUUUUCCGCUCGUAGACUCACCGCACCUGAAGCCGCUGAACUUGGCGUUGUCAAUGCUUCCGUCAACCAGAGUGAUGUGCCGGACGCAUGGAAGGACAGGCCUGCAUUGUACAGAUCGUUCCUGUACGCCGGCGAGGUGGCGACGAAAGGACCAAUCGCCUUGCGUCAACUUAAACGCGCUGUCAACGCUGGCCUAUCGUCAGGUUCGCUGGAGCGUGGCUUAGAUAUUGAAGGAGAAUGCUAUCGCGUUCUAGUUCCCACAGCGGAUCGAAAAGAGGGAAUGAAGGCUUUCAUGGAAAGACGAAAGCCAAUAUACCAUGGUCAUUGA